AAUUUGUGUGUUGUGGCGGUUGAGGGCAUUAUGGAAAGUGAUACAAGCAAAGACCGUGUAAAUUCAGUCGUAGAAACAUACCAUAAUAUACCACGAGGUAAACCAAAAUCUGGAAGGCCAUGGAAAACAAUAAGAAAUGAACGGUUUUCUGCCAUUCGAACAACUAAAAAGAAGGCACUAAACUGGGACGAGAAGAUGAAGAAGAGAGCAGAGAAAAAAUCAAUUAAAAACUAUGAAAAUGAAUUAAAAGAGAAGCGAGCAAAAGAGUUGGAAAUGAAAAGAAUGAGACAAGAGGAAAACAAAAGAAGACGGUUAGAAAAUGAAAGAAAAUCAGAGGUCGUACAAACGAUUAAAAAUACAGCCAAAAUCAAGAGAAUGAAAAAGAAACAGCUGCGACAGAUUGAAAAGAGAUGAAGAGAUUGAAUAUCAGUGAUCAUAAAAAAAAAAUGUGAUGUAAUUCAGAAACGUGCUGCGGUCCAACAUUUUGCAUUAUUAAUUUUAAAGUCCUGUUGAUGAGGCCCUGGUUGGACAAGACUUUCUGAUGAAAUGCAGUACUUUUUAUGUUCAGCUGAGAUCAUGUCUCACAUGAGCUGUUUUGAUUAAAGUGUGCCUGAUGUCUGUUUUUUAUUUCCAUCUAACAGAUGCAUACCAAGUCACCAAAAUUUUAUUGCUUCAAAGAAGAGUUUCAAUAAGGGAGGCUUAAAUUUGAGCUAGAGUUAUGUAUUCUGUUUUUGAUUUAGAACAAACCUAAUAAAAAUUGCUAAUGUUUGCUAGGUCCCGGGAAUAACUUUUUUAAUUGAGAGGUUAUACCAACAGCUUUGAUAAACACUUAUAUAAUACAUUUAUAUGUUAUUAAGAGAACACUGUUUCAGGUGAGCAUUGGGGUCCGUAGGACUCGUGUAUUGUAUGUGAUAGAUGUCACUGGUUUGUACCUCCUUUUUGUUACAGUAUAAAUAAAUAUUUUAUUUUCAUGGUA